AUGGAGCUCUAUCUGGAACGUAACAAGGACGUCAGUUUCCUCGUUCUCCGUGAUUAUAUAUGCUGUGCGGAGAAAUCUUACCCCUCGACUCGAUCUCGUUUUGGAAACGAUACGGACUCCUUGCUUGUGGAAGAGCAGAUUGAAAUUGUUUCAGACAAGUUGCGGUCUAAAUUGGCAAGUCUUUCAAAUGCCGUCUUCCAGGGAAUUCCACAUCCCAAAUUCGGCCGUGUUGAAGAUGACGAAGACGACAUGGGACACCACUACGACAACGAAUCCGAAUCUAGCGACAACAGCGACAGUAGCAAUUCGGGUAUAUACUAUCCAUAUCUGUGGUUCUAUCAUCGUCGCCGCAAGAUAGCGGAAGCCAUAAAGUAUCUGGAAGAGAUCCAUCAGGAGCACCUGGACGUCUUCUGUGGAUAUAUCCACAAUCGCAUGGCAGACGAAUGGGCCGAUGUCGACAAUCUGAUUUUGAAUGGGGAAAUUACCGCCGAGCACAUGAGAUACAUAUACGUCCCAGGAGAGAUUGUCGUCUCCACACCCCAAGGCAGCGCCAAAACCAAAAUGCAGGCCUAUGUGAUUACAAACUGGCUGAAUGUCACGUCUCUGAGCUCUGAUAGAUUUUCGGCCUCUAUCCCGACAGCCUCUUGGAGUUUUGACGGAAAGUUUCAAAGGAAUCAAUAUUCUCUACCAAUCGGUGGUCUGCCUUCAUUGAGUCAUGCCUUUAAGAUUUGCGAGCUGAACCCGCACCCUAAGAAGUUUUCAGAUGAGGAUUCUGGAGUCACCGAGAAUCUCAGAGAGCGCGGGAAGAUGUUCUGGAGAUGCCGUGGUCGCAACUACGUUUGCUACAAGAGCUUUGUAGACGACGGAAUUAGGACUGCUACAGACUCAAGGUUCAUGAUCGACACCAAGACUUUGCAACAGAUGCACCCCAACGAGCACAAGGCGGCAAACUGUGACGACCUCGGCACAGAAGUCCUCUCAAAAGCGGACCCUCCUCUGGAAGACGAAUUCAUUCUGUGCCUUCCCCCAACGAUCAUUGGGUUCAACAUGCAGAAAAAGGAGUGGGUCACACUCGACGUUGACCUCAUUGAAGACGUCGUCUGGAACACAGAUGCUUUCAAGUUUCUGGUCAUCGAAGACCGGAUGAAAGAGCUUGUGCAAGCGGUGGUGACCAACCAGAUACAUGCUGCGGAAAGCACCGAUUUGAUCCGUGGCAAAGGAAGCGGCUUGACCAUGCUGCUACAUGGUGGACCUGGGACUGGUAAAACGCUGACGGCAGAAAGUGUCGCCGAAGUGGCAAAGAAACCCCUGUAUCGUGUUACGUGCGGAGACAUCGGAACGAAGGCUGAAGAGGUCGAAAAGUAUCUCGAGACUAUCUUCUUGCUCGGAAAGACUUGGGAUUGUGUUGUGCUGUUGGACGAAGCGGACGUCUUCCUUGAGCAACGCUCACUUGUCAACCUUGACCGGAACGCAUUGGUUUCAGUAUUUCUACGAAUGCUGGAGUAUUACGACGGCAUAUUAAUAUUGACAAGCAACCGUGUGGGCAUAUUCGACGAGGCCUUCAAGUCACGAAUCCAACUCAACCUCCGCUACCAAAACUUAAACCCCGGCCAACGAUUGGAAAUCUGGAGAAACUUCAUAUCUCGACUGGAACGCCUUGCUGACGGGGACAAUCGAGUUGACCUCGAGAUUGAUGCAGAGGAUAUUCUAAGCCACAUCAAGAACCUUGCCAAACCCGAGCUAAAUGGUCGAGAGAUUCGGAAUGCGAUUUCAACCGCGAGACAACUGGCCAGGUAUCGAAAACAACCACUCGGGUACAAGCACCUUCAAUCCGUCAUUGCUGAGGCAGAGAAGUUUGACCAAUAUCUGAAGGAUUUGCACGAAGGAUUUUCAGCAGAUGAGCGGCAGAAUGACAAGGGGGAAAGGUAA